UCACAAAGGUCAAAUCACACGAGGGCGCAAUCAUAUCUAAAUUAAGAGCAAAAUGGCAGCGCCCAGGUGUAUUGAAAACCUUGAAAAAAUGAAGAAAGAAUGUGUAAAAGUAGAUGGCUAUCACACAAAUUCUAGCAUUGAACAGGAGAAAGUCGAAGCAAAAAUUGGUGAAAUUUUUGAAAAAUUUGCUACAAGUUCAAUGAAAAUUCCAAAGCUUCAGAGAGACAAACACCUAGCCUACCUGAACAAAGGAUUGAAGAACUUGUCAGAAUCGUAUCAAUGCCUGGAUGCUAGCAGGCCUUGGUUGUGCUACUGGAUCCUACACAGCCUUGAACUUCUGGGUGAGAAAAUAUCAGAAGAACAUGCUUCUCAGGUUGCACAAUUUAUCGGGAAAUGCCAGCACCCAGAAGGUGGUUUUGCAGGUGGUCCUGGACAAUAUGCACAUUUAGCACCUACUUAUGCUGCUGUAUUAGCGCUUGCGACGAUAGGAACAAAAGAAGCAUAUGAGGUGGUAAAUAGGGAAAAAUUAGCAAGUUUUCUGAUGCGAAUGAGGUCACCAGAUGGGGGGUUCCUCAUGCAUGAAGGAGGAGAAAUUGACGUCAGAGGUGCUUAUUGUGCAGCUGUAGCAGCUAGACUAACAAACAUUGCUACAACUGAAAUGUUUGAGGGGACUCCCGAGUGGAUCGCUAGCUGCCAAACGUAUGAGGGCGGUUUUGCAGGUAUUCCUGGUAUGGAAGCACAUGGCGGAUACACAUUCUGCGCUGUUGCUGCCCUAGUGCUCAUGGGACACGAUAGGCUAUGUGAUACAGAAGCAUUAAUUAGAUGGCUGUCUAAUCGACAAAUGAGGUUUGAGGGCGGUUUUCAAGGAAGAACAAACAAACAUGUCGAUGGCUGUUACUCACUAUGGCAAGGCGGUGUGUUUCCUUUAAUACACAAGAUUCUCAAUUCUUAUGGUGACAAUGCUGUUAGCACAAAAUGCUGGAUGUUUGAUCAAAACGCUCUUCAGGAAUACAUUCUCAUAUGUUGUCAAAGUCUUAAUGGCGGCCUUAUUGACAAGCCUGGCAAGGUGCCCGAUUACUACCACACCUGUUACUGUCUUAGUGGAUUAUCUGUUGCGCAGCAUUUUGCAAGUGGUAACCUAGCAACAACAAGUGUUCUGGGUGAUCCGUCCAAUGAACUAGUACCUGUCCAUCCUGUGUAUAAUAUUGGAGUUGAGUGUGCUUUCCAAGCAAGUAAACACUAUAGUACCCUACCAGUCCCAAGCUUAUAAUAAACAGGGAAUUCUAAAGGUGCCUAGUUUACUCACUUGAGGGUAGGGCCUUGGUAUUGGCACCUCAUUGUAAGGCCAUAGUAUUUUGCCACCUGGGUACCAUCUCAUCCAGAAAUUGAGAUGUGCUAGUAUGAUAAUGAAAAUCGUUUUGUGAUAAAUCUGUGAUUUUAUUGGAUAAUCAUUUGACCAUUAUAAUGUAUAACAGAAAUAUGGACCAAGAUUUUAAAAAUUUGACCUGUGUGCUAAUUUUUAUAUGAAAGUAUUCACUUAGUAAAUGUUUGUUCAGACUUUUAUUGAGACAUUGCGGUUAGGUAUGAGGUUGAUAGUUCUGUGGUUAAGAAAAACAGACAAAAUUAUCAGUUUUAUUGACAAGACAAAAAGAGGAAUAGAUAAUAAUUAUAGCUAAGGUCAUGGCAGCUUCCUCCUCAAUGUUGACCUUGUUGUGAGGAAUAUGCUUACAAAAAUGAUAUUUCAUCCAAUGAAUGACACUCCUUUUCAUGGAAAGCUAAAAUUUAUUUUGUUUUACUAUGUGUAUUUGUGGUUCUGUCUAAAUUGACAUUUUGAGGUCUAUUUAAAAUACAAGGUCAAAAUAAUUAUUAUUAAUCGCAUACAGUGGAAUCAAUAAAUAGGACUACCUCUAUUUAAGGACUGCCCCCUUAAGGACCACUAUUUCUUCAUCCCAGCAGAGAAAAAUCAAUCCUUUAUUGAGGGACCACUACUUACCACUUUGAAUGUGGUCACAAAGAGAAUUUUCAUUGAGAUAAUUAUCUGCAAAUAUAAUGAGAAUGAUAAGAAGUUUAUCUCAAGUGAAGUAAUGAAAAUGUUAGAACAUGUCAACAAGAUUGAUAUGAUUAUUACUGUAUGCAUGGAUCUUGUGACCAAACCCAACGAAAUAUAUGUGAAUGAUUGUGUGAACUAUGCGAAUAAAUACACUUGGAAACACACUAAAA